ACUUGACCGAUAAAGUUAUCAAACGUGCUAAUAAAUCAUCUACAUCUAAACCCUUACCUAAUAUUGAACUUUCGCUUAAUUAUAAAUCUCCAUUUAAUGAUAAAUUUUUGUUUAAUAAUGAAUCUUCAUUUAAUUAUCAAUCCUCAAUUAAUGACGAAUCUUCUCCUAAUUAUGAACCCUUGCUAUAUUCACCUAAUGAUGAGCUCUCAUCCAACGAAUCCUCAUUUAAUGAUGAACUCUUAUUUGAUAAUGAGCUCUUGAAAAAUAAUGAAUCAGAAGCAGAUAUGAACAAUUAUAUAAAAAUUUAUACUCACCUUGAGCUAAACACGUACAAGGAUAGGAUUAAAAACAUUCUUCCAAAUAUUUCUGGAGCCAAUUAUAUUCGAAAAGAUAACCGAGAGAAUGCAGAAUAUGUGUUAAAUGAAAGAUACAUCUGUCAUUGUUCUAAAAAUCUGAAAUCAACAGCCAGCACAAUGAAAUGA